AUGACGGCCGAGGGGACGGCGCGCGGCGGCGCCGGCGAGGCGCCGAAGGCGGAAUUGGCGGCGGCCAAGGCGGUCUCCCCGACCGGGGAGGAGCGCGAGGGGGUGGGCGGCCCCUUCGUGAUCGUCAACGGCGACUCCGACGGCCACUCGGACCCGGGCUCCGACACGGGCGCCGGGGCCGAGCCGGAUUCCCGCCGGGAGGAGGAGGAUCUGCCCCGGGCCAAUGCAGCCCCGGCUGCUGACGCGGGCGGAGAUCACCCCUCCGCCGGUGGGGAAUUGGCCGCUCUGGACGGCGCCGUCGGCCUUCCAUCUUCCAACGGGCAUGCUAGCCCCGCUACGGUGGAGUCUGAGGUUGAUGGCGUGGGCGAAGUAGAAGGUGAGGGAAGCCACAAUUCUGAAGCUGUCUUGGGGGACCAGGGCACUGCUGCCGCUGGAGAGCUUGAUGGUCGUGAUGCAGCAACAGAACUUAAGAUUGACCAUGCUGACGCUGCUGAUGAUUCUGCUCCACCUGCCGUGGAAUCCGUGCUUAAUGUCAAGGAUGGAGAGAGUGAAAAAAGUGCUGCCACUGAGGUUGUUGCUCCUGAAGAACAGCAGGAUGGAGAGAAGAAUGCUCCAGCAGAGUCCAGUGGUUCAGAUAAUCCCCCCACACAUGUUGAGUCUGGUACCAUUGUUUCGGAGUCUGAGGGCAGUGGCGAGCAGAGCAAAGGAGAAGAGAUUGCUGCUGAGAUCAUGGAGCCAGGUACAGAUGGAUCAGGUAUCUCGGGGGUGACUGAACAGCAUGAUGCUGACACAAGUGUGACUGCCACUGAUCCCGUGAUUCACGUCGAUGAGGGCAAACAUGAGCAUUCUGCAGUCACAGAGUUGGUUGAGCAGGAUGGGAGCAACGGGCAUGACCAUGUUGGGCAGAUUGCUGAUUCUGGCACAUCUGCUCCUGAGAUAGAAGCUGAUGGGAGCAAAGGGCAGCAAGUAGAAGCACUGACGGCUGAGCCUGAAGUAUUGGAUGGAGGCGAUUGUGAAGCGACUUCUAAGGUACCUUCAGAAGAGGAAGUUGUUGCAAACGGGCUUGGAUGUGCCAAGGACACUGCUGACACUUCUUUGGAGCUUGAGGGAGAGAGCGAAGUUCCCUCUGGUGUGGUUGAAGUGGACGAAGUAGUAGGAAAGGAUGGUGAGGGGGAUUUGCAUGAUGGUCAUACGGUCGUUGUCCCCUCAUCUGACGAGGAAGCAAAACCUCCAGCAAAGGAGGGAACAAAUGAGGCCAUUCCUGCUGAAGUUGUGAAGGAGGGAAUAAGUGAACAAAUUGUGCAAGAUAAUGAAUCUGUUAAGGAUGAUGUCUCUUCUGUCACACUUCAGUCAGUAAAUUCAGAAGAUCCUGUUGUUGAACCUAAGGGGGAUCACAUACUCCAGGUAGAAGAUGCUGCAGGUGAUGGAAACAUGGCAGUUUCUGAUGUGAAGGCUGUCAUGUUGGAAAUGAACACAGCAGAUAGCGUUCAAACACAAGAUCUCAAGUCGGCAUCUGAAGACAGGAGUGUUCCACUGCAUGUGAAUUCGUCCGACCAAGUUGAGGAGGAGGUAAACAAAGAAGUUUCCCCUGAGGACGCACAUUUAGCCCAUAAUGACUAUUCUUCUGAACAGACUGGAAAGCACGAGCAGUUGGAAUUACCUGGCACUGGUGCAGCUGCAGCUGUUAAAAGUGACAAUGCUGUGAUUGAGGCAGAACCAGGUAAAGAGAUGGAGGUUGUUGAAGAUGUUGUGUUGCAUGCGGCUGCAGUAUCUAUUUUCCAUAAUGAGCCAAGGUCCAUUGAUUUCACUGAUAAUGAUUACGUAAAGCCGGAUACUGAGUUGGAAAGUUGUGAUCAUGUACAAGCAGAGGAGUGCAAUUCUGAUGAAAUAUCUAGCACCACUGUCAAUGAAGUUAUAUCUGGUGUUUCCAUGGAACAUGAAACUGCUGUGACAGAUGACGCUGAACUCAGAUAUGAUACAGGAGAUGCAUCUCUUAGUGAAACUGCUGUUGAUGAAGGUGAAGCUGUUGCAUCGACUGAUAAUAAAGCUUCUGUUGUAGAUGAAGUUACACCCUCUUCCGCCACAGGAAGUGAAUCUGAUGUUGCUGGUGAAGCUGGUGAUGUUUUGCAAGUAGGCGAAUCAUGUGAUUUGGUUACAGAUUGCCAAUCUAAUAAUGACCAGCCAGACAUUCUUGACGCAUCAACUACGCGUGAAGAGCUAGUUUCUCUGACUGAGUAUCCUUGCCUGCCAGUUGUUACAUUGGAAUCUGGAGUUAAGGCUCCUCACACCGACAAGGCGACAGGCACGUCAGAUGAGACAUCCAAAGAUACUGAAAAUAUAAAUGCAUGCAAUAUAUCUUCUACUGAGGUUGAAACCAAAUCUUUGGAAGUAGUGGAACCUUCAUCUGUUGAUGGGGUAGUUCCAGUGGAACACGAGAAUGAUGAUGAACAUGCACACAAAGGCAAGGAGAAGAUUGCUGAGGACUCAAGUGAGUCGCCUGUUGAACAGCCAGUUGAGCUUGAGAGUGACAAGGGAAAUAUACAGCUCAUGAAGCCACACAAGUUCUUCAUCGUAAAGGUUCCUAAACUUGCGGGCGAUGAUGUCUGGGCAAGGGUACAAGAUGCUCAAGUUCACCUGGAUCGCCUGACUCAGGAAAGAGAUGCAAUUAAUGCUCGCAAGAAAAAGCAAAAGGCUGCCUUUGAUGAGUAUCGGGAAAAGUUAGAGACAGCACGGAAAGAAGAGAAUGAAGCGAGAGUUGCACAUGCCGGCAAGAGGAAUGUUCUAGAUGGUGUACGGUCAACGAUUGGGAAGUUGAAUCAAGCAACUUCAGUUGAAGAAAUUGAUGAGUUGAUCGUGAGGAAACAGAGGACCAUGGAACACGAGACAAUUUCUUUGAAAGAAGAGAAACUAUUCAUUAAAGAGAUUAAUGAACUGAAAGCCCAAAGGAAGCAAGCGUGCUCCAAUAUGGGCUCAGAGGCUGAAAUGAGUGAAGCAUUCCAUCAAAAGGACCACAUUCAUGAGCAACAUAAGAAUUUGAAGAAGGAAGCAGAUUUACUUUUCAAAAACCUGAAGUCCCUUGAGGAGAACAGAAAAAAGAUUCAAAAAUCUUUUGAGGAUGAAAGAGCUGCUCUCAGAAAGUUAAAUGAUGACUUGUAUGCUGCCAAUGAACAACGUCAACAGGCCUACGAGAAUUGGGUUGAGCUGAGAGGGGAACCGGGCAAGAAGAACAAGUACUUCUUCAUGUACAAGAAGGACCGUGAUGCUGCGGGCAAGCUCUUAUCAAGUGGUGACAUGGAUGGACUUCAGUCAUAUUGUAAUAAUCAGGUUGAGGGUUUUAUGGAGAUGUGGAACAAAGAUGAUGACUUCCGCAGGCUGUAUGUUGAAGCAAACCAGAUUAGUACUCUGAGGAGAUUAGGUACCCAUGAUGGAAGAUCACUUGGUCCUGAUGAGGAGCCUCCCGUCAUUCCCAGUAACAAUUACAGUAGAAGACCCAACAAUCCAUCUCAACUCACUGUUUCAAGCCCAAACGUGCCCAUUACAACUUCAGAGGCAGCACCUGAAAAGUCUACUGCAGUUGUUGUCCCUGUAGAAGAGGAUUCCUUCCCUGUUUUACCACCAACCCAGACUCAUAAGCAGGCUAAACCAAAGGCAGCUGGUAGUGGUUCAACCCAGAAAGAAAUAACCCCAGCUCCAGCUCCAGCUCCAGCUCCAGAAGUGGUAGAUGUAAAGCAGAUUGAAAAGGAAAAGGCUCGUCUGGCGGAGGAGUUGGAGUUAGCAAGGGAGGAGUUGGCACGCAAGGAGGAGGAACUAAGAGCGCAGAGGGCUGCAGCUGAAAAGGAACGACUCCGGUUGGAGCAAAUAGCCAAAGCUAAGGAGGCUGAGGAAAGAAAGAAGAAGAAGGCAGAAAAGGCUCAGGAAAGGGCGGAGUUCAAAGCACGCAAGGAAGCUGAGAUGAAGGAAAAGAAGAAAGCAAAGAAGUCUAAAAAGGUUGGCACUACACCAGCAGCCUUGACAAGUGGCGAGAGCAACUCUGCACCUAUAGCUCCAGCAGACACUGAAAGCAACACAACUGAUAAUACUAGGAAUGUUGAUGUUCCUCAACCACAACCCAUAAUCAUAAAGAGGAUCCCUAAACCAAUUGUGAGGCAGCUGCAGCCCAUGCCCGCACCCCUGCGUAACAAGUUCAAAAGGAGAACGCGGCAGUACAUCUUCAUCGGAGUCGCAGUUGCCCUAGCUGUCGUCGCGUUGAUCCUGGCCGGCAGAACCUUAGACCUCCCUGGUCUAAGUUCUAUUCGCUUCUGA